UGGACAAAUCCUUGGUAAAGCCUGGCCUUGUUGGCUGAGCGGCUGGAACAGGUUCCCGCCAUCCAUGACCCAUGCUGGCAUCCACGAAACUGGUUUCAUCUACGCACCCAAGUCUUCAUCUUUUACAUCCCACCCUUGAAUCUUGGGUCUGGAAUACCCUGAUUCGAUCCAGAGUUCAACAUUCAGCCUUUUCACCUCAUUCUUCACUCUUCGUCUACCUUCGCAUGCGCUUCCAUGGUGUCCUGCCCAAUCCUCACACCUAUCCUUUCCUUCUCCAAUCCUUUAAAUCCCCACCUCACCUUCGUCUCGGACAACAAGUUCAUGCUCAGAUUUUUGUAUUUGGUCCUUCAAAUGACCUGUUCGUGCAAACCUCCCUUAUCAAUAUGUACUCGUCUUGUGGCUAUCUGAUUUUCGCCCGCCAAGUAUUCGAUGAAAUUCCACAGCCCGACUUGCCAUCUUGGAAUUCCAUUAUCCAUGCAAAUGCCAAGGCGGGUAUGAUUGAUGUUGCAAGGAAACUGUUUGAUGAGAUGCCUCAGAGGAAUGUCAUAUCGUGGAGCUGUAUGAUUAAUGGGUAUGUAAGUUGUGCCGAAUAUAAAUCGGCACUCUCUUUAUUUCGUGAAUUGCAGAUGUUCGGAGGUCAGAAACUUCAACCGAAUGAGUUCACCAUUUCAGCUGUACUCUCUGCUUGUGGACGGCUAGGUGCGCUUGAGCAGGGUAAAUGGCUUCAUGCUUAUAUUGACAAAUGUGGGAUAAAAGUUGAUGUUGUCUUAGGGACAUCACUGAUAGACAUGUACGCGAAAUGUGGAGACAUUGAAAAGGCGAAAUUAAUGUUUGAUAUUUUGGGCCCUGAAAAGGAUGUAAUGGCUUGGAGUGCAAUGAUCUCUGCCUUGGCCAUGCAUGGACUCGCAGAGGAGUGCCUUGGAAUAUUUGCAAGGAUGAUAAAUAAUGGGCUAAGGCCUAACGCUGUGACAUUGGGUGUGCUUUGUGCUUGUGUGCAUAGAGGUUUGGUAAGUGCAGGAAUAGAAUAUUUUAAGCGGAUGACGAUAGAAUUUGGUAUUAUUCCUCUGAUCCAACACUACGGUUGCAUGGUUGACCUAUAUAGUAGAGCUGGUAGAAUUAAGGCAGCUCGGAAUGUGGUGAAAUCUAUGCCUAUGAAACCUGAUGUGCUAAUCUGGGGAUCUCUACUCAGUGGUGCUAGGAUGUAUGGAGACAUUGAGACCUGUGAGAUCUCAUUGAAGAAACUUGUUGAGUUGGACCCUUCAAAUAGCGGUGCGUACGUGCUUCUUUCUAAUGUGUACGCAAAGCUGGGAAGGUGGGGCGAAGUGAGGCAGUUGAGAGAUUUUAUGGAGGCGAGGGGUAUCAAGAAAGUUCCUGGCUGUAGUCUGGUUGAAAUAGAUGGUGCUCUUCACGAGUUCACUGCAGGAGAUGAUUCUCACCCAGACACUCAUGAUAUACAUAUGAUGUUGGAUGAAAUUAUAAGGAGGUUGAAAAAGCAUGGUUACACAGGAAACACAAGUGAGGUCUUGCUUGAUUUGGAUGAGGAAGGGAAGGAGACUGCGUUAUACUUUCACAGUGAAAAGUUGGCAGUUGCAUACUGCUUUUUGAAGACAAGCUCGGGCACCACAAUACGAAUUGUGAAGAACUUAAGGAUGUGUGGUGAUUGUCAUAUGGCUAUAAAGACGAUGUCUUUGGAAUAACGAGAGAUUAUAGUUAGAGAUUGCAACCGGUUUCACCAUUUCAAAAAUGGGAUAUGCUCAUGCAAUGACUACUGGUAAAUAUAAUGGAGAAGUGUUGUUUAUUUGUCAAGAGAGGUUUAUGAUAGAGAUUCCAUUUCAUAUGACAUAUGCCAUCACUUUCAAAACUGAAAUGAAGACAAAUGAGAAGAAAUGUUGUCAGUUGUUACCCAUAUAGAAGGUGAUCCAAUUUCUAAUGAAAUACGGAGUUUGAAUAAGCAUUCAAGUUUGUUAGACUGUCGAAACUAGAAUCGGAGACCUGUGGAGAAAUAUGCAGAAAUAAUGAAUUUGCUGCAUGUAAAGUGUAUGUUAAAAGGAUCCUGUGAUCUGCUAAUUUUGUUUAUUUAUUUAAAUUUAAAAAUAGUCAUAGUCUCAUUGAAGAAACCUGGACUUGAUGUGUUAUCGAAUAGUCAGCGAAAGUUGGCUGCUGAGAUGGGCUAUCCUAAGUAUAUGGGUAUUAAGCUUAGAAAAGAGAUAGGGAAAUUUAGGCUCCCCUCAUUUGUUACCUUUUAGAGAUGCUAUCUGUGGAAUCCUUUAAUAAAGAAGUUUUUCACAUUAGUUUAUUAUCUUUGUAUUACCUAGGUUAUAUUGUGAGAUGAUUCAUUUUUGUAAUUGAAGAUCGAUUUUAGUGAUCCACACUUGAU